GCCUGGGGCGGGGACACAGGCGGCCACGGAUCAGCCCCGCAGGCCGGCAAGCUGCGACUCCCGAGCUGAGCAGAGGGGGCCCACCUCUCCAGGGGCAGGAGAGGAGCUGCUGGGCCAGGUGGAGGUGGAGACCGGGCCAGGAUCGUGCUGGACGGUGCCCACUGGGGGACGCCACACAGCCUGGCUGGCACUGACCCUCAGACCCGGGCGGGAGCCAGGUGAGAGCCAGCUCAGGGGAACAGGACCAUGUUCCAGUAAAUGAAGACUGCAGCGCACGCCUUGAGCCCCGACUCCCAGCCAGAGACGCAACAUCAGACCAGAAAGGAUGAAGAGACGGCUCCAGGCUCACCAAUGCCCAGGGCGGGGAGGGAGGGUGACAGGAAGGGCCCCUCCUCAAUCCUGAGACGAAGCCGGAGGGAGUGCAGCCGUCGUGGGGCCGAGCCACAGAGAACCACGAGGCGCGUGCACUUCCGGGAGCCCCUGGAGGUGGCCGUCCACUACAUCGCAGGCAGGGAGCCCACCGCCGACAACCAGGGGCCUGGUCGGCCCCAGCCCUGGCCCCGGCCCCGGCCCCGGCCCCGCGGCGGCGCCCUGCUCCUGCGGCUGACCGUGUGCGUCCUGCUGCUGCUGGUGCUGGGCCUGUACCUGGGCCGGGCCAAGACCAUCUCGCUGGCCCUGGAGGGCCUCCGGGCCCGGCUCCUCGUCCUGCUCCUGCGCCUGCGGCUCGCGGCCCUGGAGUGCUGGCGCUGCCUCCUACGGCUCUGACGGCCCCGGGAGGGGGGCCGGGCUGCAGGGGAGAGCCCCCAGGGCGGGUCGGGGCUUCCAGGCAGGGGUCCUGACUCCUAGAGAUUGAGGGGCUGCUGCAGGCAGGCCCACUAGGAAAAGGGGGGCCCCGGCUGGAGAUCAGUUGUGGGGUGCACAGCCUCGGGACUGUAGCAGGCGGCCCCCGACUCCAGUCAGCCCCCUCCUAUUUCCACAUGUUGGGGUUCACUGGGAGGUUUUCUGGGAAAAAGAAUUCUACCACUAAAACUUGGGGACCUGUGCACUCCGGAGACCCCUUGGGCCCCUCCCUCCCCCCAACAGGAAAUCCUGGUGCCCUUGGGCCUGGCCUGGGUGUGGCCAUGUGCAGUCCCUUAAGGACGGGGACCCUCUCCCUGUAUCUGGGGGACCCCUAGGAGAGGUAAAACCAGCUUUUUUUGCUUAGACGCUGGUGGCCCAGACCCCAAAACUGCAUUGGGAGAGGCCAGUCUGGUUGCUGGGGUGGGGGAGCCACACACAGGCUGGGUCCCAGCACCCCAAUCUUGUCUGAAGCCUGCACUAGACCCAAGAACCUGGGGUCCCCUCACACCCGAGGGGACGUGUCCUGCCCAGCUCCUACCCCGCGUCCUGCCCGGAUGUGUGGAGCUGGGAGGGGACGUAGAAGGGCCGAGACGCCAUCUGUGCCCAGAUCCCGGCCGGCGCAGCACCAGCUGCAGGGCCCAUGAGUCCCGGGACUGUGUAGACACCGUGUCAUCGCCUGCGCAGCAAGGCAUGGAGUGGGGGCCUGAGCAAAGCUGGGAGGCCCGGGGUCAGACACCAGGAGGGACCUCCGGGGACCCUUCAGACGAGUGUCCCCAUGGCGGCCAGUGCCGGGCUGCCCCUGCCUUGGGUUGUUCUCUAAGCGUCUGUCCCCACGACUUAAGUGGGGAGACACUGAUUUUCUAUUAAAACACGU